AUGUCUAUUGCUUGUAUAGCUAUAAUAGAUUAAUAAGAUAAACUCAGUUUCAUUGAUUAUUAUAUCAAUAAUGAGGAUCAAGUGCAUUUCAAAUUUCAAACCUAUACAGCUUUAUAAUUAAUAAGUCCUGCAUUAUAAAAGAAAUUAAAUGGAGGAACAUCAACAGAACCAUAUUUAGGUGUAUUGUAUACAAUCUAUUUACCAAAUAAUGAUUAUGAUGUGCAUGCAUAUAUAACAAUAACAUAAUUGAAAAUGAUCAUAUUUAUAAAGUAAGGGACAGAAAAAUUAAACUUAUUAGCAAUUUUCGAAAAGAUUUAUGGAUUAUAUAGAGCUUCUAAUUUCAACCCAUUUCAUUAGACAAAUCUUAAUAAACUUAUUAAACCAAUGGUUGUAGAAUUCAAUGGAAUAUGA